CGCACAAGCAAUUUCGAGUUUUUUAUCCACACCUUGAUAAAACAAAAAAUUUCCCAAAAAAGAACUCCGGCUUCACUUGACAAUCUCACCCAUUCAGCCUUAUUCUUGUCUCAUAACCUUCCGCGCUUCUCCUCUUUCUGUAAUCGGCAAACACCCAGAAACAGGUUGAAAGGCUCCUAAGACAAGAUCACGAAAUGGCUGAAGCCUAUCCCUGCUCCGACUCCGAGUCUGUGUCGUCGUCGGACAAUGACCAGGAUUGGCUCAACAAGCCCGGCGAGGAGGAUGAAGACGAGGAACAGGAGCAAGUGACUGUCGUCUCGUUCUUCGACGACAAGGGCUUUUCGGAUGCGAAGUCCAUGCUGGCGUACUGCAAGGACAAGUUCGACUUUGACUUCCUCGGCGUCAGGGACAGGCUUCAUCUGGACUUCCACGGCUGUGUGAAGCUUAUCAACUUUAUUCGCCGGGGUGUAAAGGAAGGCACUGCCCUGCCGCAAGAGAUCACCGCGGAGCAUCUGGCCGACGACAGCCUGCUUAUCCCCGUGUUGGCGGAUGACGCAUUGAUCUUCUGUCUGGACGAGCUACCUGAGCGCACGUCCGGCCAGGCGCAGGAGAAGGGCCAGGCCGCCGAAGUCCAGAACUCUGCCAGCGGCGGGGGACCCGUGGUGGACGAGCUGCUGCAAAAAAAUGCGCAGCUGCAGGCCGAACUGGAGCAGCUCGCCAAGCAAUUCACCAACUACCGGCUGGCCGUAGAGCAGACGCUCGACAAGCGCUGGGGCGUGGAUGACGAGGGCGAGGCGUGCAAGACGGCUGCGCCUGUUGCCCCUGCCGAGCAGCAGAAGAAGAAGGAGGAGGAGAAGGACGAGUCGGCCUACUACUUUGAGUCCUACGCGCAUACCGACAUUCACGAGACCAUGAUCAAAGACACGGUUCGCACCAACGCUUACCGCGACUUCAUCUACGCCAACAAGCACCUCUUUGAGGGCAAGGUGGUCCUCGACAUUGGCUGCGGCACGGGGAUCCUGUCCAUGUUCUGCGCGCGCGCGGGCGCCGCGCGCGUCCUCGCCGUCGACAACAGCGCCAUCCUCGACAAGGCGCGCGAGAACGUGUUCCGCAACGGCCUCGACCGCGUCAUCACGUGCGUGCGCGGCCGCAUCGAGGACGUGACGCUGCCCGUGGACAAGGUCGACGUCAUCGUGUCUGAGUGGAUGGGGUAUUGCUUGUUGUACGAGGCCAUGCUGCCAAGCGUCUUCUUUGCGCGCGAUAAGUACUUGAAGCCCGACGGCUUGCUCGUUCCAAGCCACGCCAGCAUGUGGAUUGCGCCCGUGUCGGAUGCCGAGUAUGUCGCGGAGAACGUGGAUUGGUGGAGGGACGUGUACGGGUUUGACAUGCGGGCGAUGCAGGCGGGCAUCUACACGGAUGCGCGUAUGACCGUAAUGCCCACGGAUGCGGUGUGCGGCGAGGCGCAUGCGUUUCGAAUGCUGGACCUCCACACGGCCAAGGUGGCGGAUCUCGUCUUUGAGGACUCGUGGCAGACGACACUGUCAGACAAGGUGGAGGGGCUAGAUGGAUUUCUGGUGUGGUUCGAUUGUUUCUUUGGUGAGAGCCGAGAGGAGGCGGUCGAGGCGAACCUCACGGCCAAGGAGUGGGUGGCUGCCGGGCGAGAGCGUGUCGCCUUCACCACGGGCCCGUAUGAUACUGCCACGCACUGGAGGCAAGGGCUGUACCUCAUCGACAAGGAGAAAGCAAAGGAUAUCGAGGUUGGUCCGGGGAAGAAACUAGUCGGCAACAUCCGCUACGCUAUUCCUGAGGACCAUGCCCGUGGCCUCAAUAUCACAAUCGCCUGGGCCCUGGAGGGCGGCGACAGCCAGGUCCAGACAUGGUUGUUGCACUGAGAUCAGGAAAUAGAGAUCGGGAUACAGAUAAAUGACAUGAAUGGAUUUGUGGCUCCUAAGCUGCCACCAGUUGCCAUGGUGUCGUCUUACCCGACACUAUGCUACCCCAAACGAGGAACGCCGGCGCUUUGCAUUACCAGAUUCACAAUGCUCAAGAACCC